AUGCAUGUAAACCAACCGAAAAACCCGAGUGUCAAUGAUUUCGUUUUUUCUGGCGUUCAGUCUAAGAAAGCAACCAUCGAACUAUUCAACAAUGUCAAUCUUACCCUGUCAGUGAUGAGUAACUUUCCAGCUCUCGACGGCAUUGGUAUCUCUAUGGUUAGAGCAGAAGUGGGAGUGAAAGGAAGCUACCCUAUGCACACACAUUAUGUUGCCGCAGAUUUUUUGAUCAUGGUGGUAGCUGAGCUGACAGAUGGGUUGGUGAUAAAUGAAGAAGUGUUUCAAAAAACUAUUAGAGGUGGAGAUGUAUUGUGUUUCCUAAAGGACACAUGCAUUUCCUUGUCAAUUUUGGUGCCAGAAUAG